AUGGGCUCCACGGCCUCCCGAGAAGCCCCAGUGCCGGACACGCCGCACCCCGGCCGCUUUGAUGAGAGAGAAUUACAAUACCUCACCGAGUCCUUCCGAGAUCUCGCCGGACGCCACUCGAAGAAGGACAGCAUAGAUGCGGGCACCUUUAGGAGAGCUUUUGAUUUACCGGGCUUGGUCGGAGAACGCCUAUUCGCCGUAGCGCAGGGCGACCACGAAGGCGUGGAGUUCUCGAAUUUCGUGGGUAUAUUGGCAGUCGGUCUGAGGGGAGACGCCUUCGAGGCGCGAGCGUUGUUGUUCGCGAUGUUCGACCUGAAUGCGGAUCAAGUAGUGGACGAGAACGAGUUAAGAGCGAUGCUCAAUCAUUUUCCCCCACAAGGCGACGGGUUGACGAACGAAGAGCUCGUGAAAGGUGCACAGGCACCAUUAGAUGAGGCGCAGUUCGGGCGGUGGCUACGAUCACAACCGGCCGUGGCCGAUUUUGUGCUCAAAGCGCUCGUGCCACCCGUUGCCGCAUUGGCUCCUAGAGUAUUAACACCGAGGAACAACAACAAGGUAGCGCCCGAAGUUACGACUGUCAAAAGGCCCCCUCCCAUACAAGCUGAUGAGCCGACCUACUGGACGGACACUACGGUGCGAAGUCCUACUAGGGAGACGUCUUCCUCGUCGUUGGCGGCCCUGGCUUCGCUAGGCUUGGGUGAACAACCGCCGCCUCCACCUCAGCGACCGACGCCUUCCCUCCUCGCGCUAGAACUCAAGGAAGGCUCGACUCCCCAAGAAAGUCCACCGAGGAUGGCCUCGCCUAGGCGAGAGUCGUCAGACGUCCCUAGGAUCGCCUCGAAACUAUUAGCGAGAAGAGUCUCGGACACGUACGACUGCGAGGGCUGGCUCUACAAGUUCGGGACGUGGUUCGGGGCGCGUAGACGACGGCAUUAUGUGCUCGCCGACAAGAAUCUCUACCAGUACGCCGACAACCGCCUUGAGAGAUUGAAAGGUGUCUUGUUCUUGCCGGGGUGUCGCGUCCAGCCUCUCGACAGACCGCGGCCGGCGACCUCACCUUUAAGAGGGCAACAGAACGAGGUCUACCACGGUUUUGUACUAAGCUUACCGGGCGAGCACGCUUCCUUAUUUGAUGAACUGGACGACUCGCAGUACGGCGCUCAUAGUCCACUGUUGAACUCUGAUUCUACUGAUGGUUCGCCCUCGUCCUGGGGCUCGGCCGCCAACAGUCAGAGACGACGGCCCGGCUCUCCCUCGAUCCUACGACGAGCGGCCAACUCCGCGACAAAUCUCAGGAGACUCACGAAGCACGUCCAGCCGGGCACGUCGUGGCCGCCCUCGCCGGUCAAUGAUGAAUUGGACAGCUCGAAGCACGGCGCCAAGGAGCGCAUUCUCUACGCUUCUUCUAGAUCGGAGCGGGACGCCUGGGUGCGAGCGCUGCGGAAGGCCUCGGCCCAGACGCCCGUCGCCGACGCGUACGAGCUGCAAUCGAAACUGGGCACUGGCCAGUUUUCCGAUGUAUUUUCUGCCAAGAAACGUUCGACGGGGGACAUGCUCGCGAUCAAGCGCGUGCGCACGGCUGGCGCGCCGCGAGCUGUGAGAGACGCGCUGAGGGUGGAAGUCGCGGUGAUGCGGCUCGCGAGGCACCCGCACGUCAUGCGCCUCGAAGAGCUCUAUGAGGAUAUUAAUGCGGUGCAUCUCGUGAUGCCCCUCGUGGCAAGGGGUGAUUUGAAGGCCAUCAUGGCUACCGGAGACGCGGACUGCUGGGGCGAGCACAACGCUCGAAAGAUCCUGCGGCCGUUAUGUAGCGCUGUCGCUUAUUUGCACGAGCUGGGUGUGGUCCACCGCGACGUCAAGCCCGAGAACAUCUUGAUCGGGGAGGAUGUGGUGCUGUGCGACUUUGGAUUGUCUGCAUUAGUACGGCCGGGCCAACGCCUGACGGCGUCGGUCGGUACGCCGCAGUACGUCGCGCCCGAAAUUGUUCUCCAAUCUGCAUAUGACUACAAGGUCGACACCUGGGCUAUCGGAGUGGUAUUAUUCUUGCUGGUCAGUGGCAAUCAUCCGUUUGACGAUGCCGACGACGCGCGCAUCGCGCGGAAAGUUGUCCAGUGCGAUUUGCGGGCGCUGCGAACGGACAGUCUCUGGCGGUCUUCGUCCCGAAAUUGCCGGGACCUCGUGGCGCGGCUGCUUACUGUUGCUGAUGAUCGGCUGGCAUCUAAUGAAGUGCUGCGGCACGCGUUCAUGGUCGACGAAUGUACGACGGAGGAGGUCGCUCCAUUCGUCGAGGGCGCUGCCGUUGAUAGGACCGCGGCGCCGGGAUUGGGGAUCGAGGUCCUUUGAGGACCGCUCUCUUUUGUUUAUAGCUAUGUGUUUAUAUAUUUAUCGUUUUUCGCGGGCGGGGCACGAGCGGGGGUCGUCCGCCUGAAUCGGAGGGAGUGGGGAUCUGCCUCAGGGCUGUGCCACGAAGUCUCAGCGGUGGGCUGUGACCUGGAAGGCCUUCCGCGUUGGACCCGAAAACACGGCUAGUAAGUCUAGUCUAGUCCUGUACGUUCACGGCGUUUUACGUCAUCGGCAUCCCGGCGUCGAUGUUCUAUUUAGUAUAUUCGGCUAGGAAGAAUCAGGACGAACGGGCUUUGGAUCAGCUCUCUAUACUGCACUUAGCUGCGUGGAAAUCAAAUUUCGGGCGCCCCACGCCAUCGACGUGAUGUUGUCCCCGAAACCUAACUCACCGGUUGAUGUCCACACAGGCACCUGGUCUACAAGCCGAACUGGUGGUACACCGAAGUGAUAGUGUGCCUCGAGAAGUGCACCAUCGCCGGCGUCUUGGUCUUCGUCAAGGACGUCAUGAAGCAGGCGGCGCUGGGCCUGGCGGUGUCCGGAUUUUGGCUCUUCUUCUUCGCGAGCGCGCACCCGUUCCGGGAAAGGAGGGACAACAUCAUCAAGGACCUUUGUUGCUUGGCGCAGAUCCUGGUCAUGCUCGGCGUCAUACUGCUGCAGAUCAAGACGCAGUCCGAGGAUUCGUCGCUGGCGAACUAUUCGCAGAACGACAUUGAUAUUAUAUUGAUCGUCGUCGUCUGCGCGCCCGUCGCCGCGCUAAUUGGUCCGUGGCUGGUGCACGUGGUCCGGAACCGCUGCCGGGCUUUACGCAAGUACUUCUCCAAGGACGCUGACGAGGAGGAGAAGGCCCUCACGAAUAAUGAGGACGAGGACCUCGACGAGCUGGGCCGGCCGCGCCUCGGUAAGGGGCCCGACGCGUCGACGACGCGGCUGACGCUCCCGGGGCAGGACGAUCCGCCCGCGCGAGUCGACGACGCGGACGCGCCCGUCGAGGUGCCGCUCCAGGGCUCUUCGCCCGAGGGCCGCGGCUGCGCGGUCGCCUGA